UCCGCGCGGUUCUCGCCUCUCGAAGCGGGCAGCGAUGUGACCGCGAGCCCGCUGCCGUCUCCCGGACCGCCGCGUCCAGGUCAGCAUGGACCCGGGGAGAGAGGGAGGCAUGAACACGCUGUACGGGGAAUUCACGGCCACAGGUAACCGGAAAGUCAGGUGUGCGGUGAGCCUGACGGACACGGAGCUCAUCGUCCAGCGGCUGGGCCGGCAGAGAGUCCUCCUCAGCCUGGGGGACUGCGUGGGCAGCCGGGCUUACCGGGAGGACGACGCCUCGGACCGGGCGGCGUACUUGGACAUCUACUUUUACCCGCUCAAGCGACGCUGGACGAGCUCCGGGCUGUCGCGGCAGAGAGUGGAGCAAUGCUUCCGCGUCUCGGCGCUCCACGACCCGCGAAGCAACCUGGAGGAGGCGCAGAAGUGGGCGCGCAGUGUGCGGGAGCGCAGCGGCCGCCAGCAGCACCUCACAGGCGGUGUGCCGGAGAGCCAGCGGUGUCCCAUGAUGCUGCUGGUCAAUCCACAGAGCGGGAAAGGCCAAGCCCUCACGCUGUACAAGAACCACAUCAAGAGGAUGCUGAAUGAGGCCGGGGUCUCGCACACGCUGGUCAUCACGGAGCGUCAGAACCACGCCCGCCAGCUGGUGAGGGAGACUGACCUGACCCAGUGGGGUGCUCUGGUCAUCAUGUCAGGAGACGGACUUUUGUUUGAGGUGAUCAACGGUCUCCUGGAGAGGUCAGACUGGGAGGAGGCGAUCAGGACACCACUUGGUAUACUUCCUGGCGGCUCAGGCAAUGCUUUGGCCGCAUCUAUACAUCACUACUCAGGGGCCUCGCUGGUGUCCACAGAGGAUCUCCUGCUCAGCUGUGGCUUCAUGCUCUGCAAAGGUCUGGUGUCCUGCAUGGACCUGGUCUCGGUCCACCUCUUCUCCGGCGCUCGCCUCUUCUCCUUCCUGUCGCUGGCGUGGGGCUUCGUGGCGGAUGUGGACAUCGAGAGCGAGAAGUACCGCCACGUGGGAGCGGCUCGCUUCAUGGUGGGCACGCUGGUGAGGCUGGCUUCAUUGCGAGUGUACAAGGGCAAGCUGGCCUACCUGCCCGCCACGGCGCGCUGCCAGCAGGCUACGGGCGUGUUGCACCACAGCGACGCAGACUUUUCCACGCGGAACUCCUUCCACAACUCCUGUCACUCCAACAACUCCCUGCAAGCCAAGAAAAGUGUGUCCAACAAAGCUCCCACGGGCUUGUGUGACUCUUUGCUGCCCCCGCUGGACGAGCCCCCCCCUGCACACUGGGUGGUGGUACCCCAAGAAGACUUUGUCCUGGUGCUGGCCAUGUACCAGUCCCACCUGGCCGAGGACCUGCUGGCGGCGCCGGACGCCACUCUGGGCGACGGCGUCAUCCACCUUUUCUACGUGAAGGCGGGGAUAUCGCGCGCGGCGCUCCUCAAGCUCUUCCUGGCCAUGGAGAAGGGCGCGCACGUGGCCUCCAGCUGUGCACAUCUGGUGCACGCCAAGGUGCGGGCGCUCAGGUUGGAGCCCUCGUCUCCUCAGGGCAUCAUCACGGUGGAUGGCGAGGUGGUGGAGUACGGAGCCCUGCAAGCCGAGGUGCAUCCCGGCCUUGCUAGGAUCAUCUGUGGAUGAACACACACACACACACACACACACACACACACACACACACACACACACACACACACACACACGGUACACAAGCAAAGAUGUCAAACUACUGCUCAUGUUUACAAGGAAGCAACAUGAAGUUUAGAUGUGGAGCAGAAGUAAUGGACUUGUGUAGCAGCCAUGAAGUAAACAUCAUUUAGCCAAGUGGUGACAGAUGAUGGAUGAUUGACAUGCAGCCAGCACCAACUUCCUUUAAGCCCUGGGAAGUAAACCAGCGACGUGUUGUGGGCGUGGCUUACUCAUUGCUGCAUGGCUUCAUUUUGUCACAUGUUGCAUACCUCCGCCUUUUUUAAGCAGUCAUGAAAUAAAA